AUGGCCAUGGAAGUGGAAGUGGAAAUGGAAGGGGAAGAUGGUUCCAAAUUCUCAUUACAAGUCACUGAAGCUCGAAACACAGUCAUUGGACGAGGCUGUGGCGGCGGCUUUCAUACAAAGGAUCGCACCGUUUCACGUCGCCACGUCUCCUUCCAGCUCAGCUCCGAUUCCGAUGACCCUAGGGUUUCAUUCGAGGUCAUCGGAAGGAACCCUUUUUGGGUUCACCACGGAGCUCUUGGCCUUAAGGUUUUCCGCAAGUUCGAAAAGGGUCAAUUGGAACUCGGUGACCGCUUUUCCCUCUCCGCCAUAACACCAUUCUGGCUCCAUUUCAAUUUCAACAACCCAGCUCAGAACGUUUCAAGUUCAAAGCCUCAGCUUGACAUCGACAUUGACCAAAUUGACCUUUCGCAAUUCGAUCCCGUUAAAGAGAUUUUGAAGACUUCAUUUUGGGUUUUGGGAAAUGCAGAGUUUGGUUUCCUUGCGAUUGGGCACGAGUUUGAUGACUAUCCAAAGGGGAAGAUCCGCAAUGUUAAGGAUUGGGAGUGGUUUCUUGAGGAAGCUAGAAAUGACAGUGAUGAUGAUGACGAUGAGGAGGGGAAGCAGAGGAAGAGGAUGAAGAGAAAGCGGAAGAAAAAGAAGGGUCCGGAGGAGAAUGAAGAUGAUGAAGAAUGGGGUGGUGAAAGUGAUGAUGAGGGUAAGGACCUUGUUUCUAACAUGAGCAAAGGUAAGAAGAGGGCAUGCUACUCCACAAGAUCUAAAGACAGGAAAAGUGGCUCUACAAGCUCUAAGAGAAAGAGAGAUAUUAAGAUCAAUCAAACUUUUGAAGAUGAUGAAGAUGAUGAGACUCUAGGAGGCUUCAUUGUUGAUGAUGAAGAGAAUGAUCAGCAGGAGGAAACGCAUGGAAGCUGCCACCUACGAGUCUACGACUACGAAUACAAUGGCGAGCAAGAAUUCAACCCAAUUGCCAAUCACCAACAUUACGUAGGGCCCUCCUUCAAUCGCCGCCAUUCUUCGUCUUCAGGGAAGCUAUUCGUUGGAGGCAUCUCUUGGGAGACUUCUGAAGAAUCAUUUUGUAAGUACUUCAACAAUUACGGGGAAGUGAUAGAUUCAGUGAUAAUGAUGAAUAAACAGUCCGGAAGGCCUCGGGGCUUUGGCUUUGUAAAAUUUGCUGAUUCAGCUGUUGCAGAUGAAGUUUUGUCACAGGAGCAUACCAUAGACGGCAGAGUGGUUGAAGUGAAGAGGACUGUCCCUAGGGAGGACACGGAAGUUACCGGAGUAUUCAGAACAAAGAAGAUCUUUGUUGGCGGAUUACCCCAGUUUUUCACUGAUGAUGAAUUGAAGGAUUACUUUUCAACUUAUGGUAAUAUUGUUGAGUACCAAAUCAUGCUAGAUCAUAAAACUGGAAGAUCUAGAGGCUUUGGAUUUGUCACUUUUGACAAUGAAGAUUCGGUUGAAAAGGUCUUCUCGGCAGGAAAAAUACAUGAACUUGGAGGCAAGCAAGUUGAGAUUAAGAGAGCCGAGCCUAAAAGACCAGCGAAUUCAUAUGGUGGAAUGGAUGGAUUUGGUGCAUACAGUUCUAGAGGUCGUAAUCAUGGAAAAUGGGAUGAACCACAUACUAAUUUUGGCAUGAACAGGCAAUAUGGCCAUUUCGAAGGAAGCUACGGAGGAAUUUCUGCGGCAUCCUACGGUGACUAUUGUGGAUAUGGUUAUGGAUUUGGAUAUGGUAGAAUGUAUGGGUUUGGUGGGUAUAGAUUCAAUCCUUAUGGCAAUAGUGGUUGUGGUUAUGGUGACAUGAGUAUGUAUGGAAGAGCAGGUCGUUUCAAUCGUACUGGUAGCAAUGACAAUGAUAGUCCUGCUGCUGCAAGAUAUCAUCCUUACUGGAAUUGAUUGGUUUUACAAAAUCAGGAAACCAUAGAAAGGUAAGAAUGCAGCAGCAGUGAAGGUUGCCAAAUUGGCUUACCAAAUCACAAUAUUAAAUGUCAGGUUCCUUGCAAUGCCUCCAGGAGGACCGGGGUUCAUACUAUGUUUAAAGGGUCCAUAUAAGCUAACUCAGGAAGGAGUUAGCUUAAUUUUGUUUCAGUAUAUAGUUAACACUUUUACAAUUGUGUUCAUUAUAUAUAUAUAUAUAUAUAUAUAUAUAUAUAUUGUUUAUUUUUCUUUGCAUAUUUGCACAGGUUUUUAGGUUUUUUUUUGUUGUAUUUUGAUUUUAUCCAUCAAAAUAGAAGAAAUUAUAUAAGAUUUGUUGUGAUAAGAAUGCUUUAUCACAUCUUAUGUGGAUGUCCAUUCUCAAAGAUGAUUGUAUUUAAUAUAAUUUGAAAAAGUAAAGCCUUGCACAUGUAUAAAUAGGGGCAUAGACUGAGGCUUUUUACACA